ACUAGCUUGACCUCUAUUGCAAUUGAAAAUACUCCAGAGCGGAGGCUGAGUUCAUUGAUUAUUUUUUAUUUGGCGAUGUAACACCUUUCUGUGAGGAUACGAUGACACAUGCCCCUUUGUUUUGUGUAUAACCAUAGCAAGAAGGGCUUAUGUGCUCCUCGCCGCUUCGUUGGGUGCUGAGUGCUGUCGGUGUAGAGUCCGUUUCACUGCAUCAACAUGGGUGUGAUCGGUGUGCAGCUGGUGGUUACCAUGGUAAUGGCCAGUGUAAUUCAAAAAAUAAUACCUCAUUAUUCCUUUGCAAGAUGGCUUCUCUGCAGUGGCAGUCUGCGGUGGUAUCAACACCCUACGGAAGAUGAGUUGAGGAGCUUAGCCGGGAAACAAAAAGGACAGAAGAGGAAAGACAGGAAAUACAAUGGUCACAUAGACAAUAAGCCGCUGACAGUUCCCAAGGACAUAGACUUGCAGUUGGAGACGAAAUGCAUCACAGAAGUUGACACAUUAGCUUUGCACUAUUUCCCAGAGUUCCAGUGGCUGGUGGAUUUUACAGUGGCGGCGACUGUGGUGUAUCUGAUAACUGAAUGUUACUACAGUGUGGCUCAGCCCUCAGGAGAGAUGAACAUCAGUGUGGUCUGGUGCCUCCUGGUACUCGCCUUUGUCAUUAAGACCCUUUUUUCUCUAACGGCGCACUACUUCAAGCUGGAGGAAGGAGGCGAGCGCUCACUCUGCAUUACCUUUGCUUUUUUCUUUUUUGUCAAAGCCAUGGCCAUUCUUAUCAUCACGGAAAACUACCUGGAGUUUGGUCUUGAGACCGGUUUUGCAAACUUCUCUGACAGCGCUCUACAUUUUCUGGAGAACGAGGGUUUAGAGUCCCAGGGUCCCAUAUCUAAACUCACCUUCAAGCUGAUUCUAGCCGUACUCUGCUCUCUAAUAGGAGCAUUUCUGACCUUUCCCGGCCUACGAUUGGCGCAGAUGCAUCUCGAUGCGCUUAAUCUGACCACGGGCAAAUUUUCACAGACUCUGCUUCAUAUCAACUUCCUGUCCCCUCUUAUCAUGGUCUUGCUGUGGGUCAAGCCCAUUACGAAGGACUAUAUAAUGAACCCCACUCUGGGAAAGGAGAGUGUGCCUUUGAUGACUGAGCAGACGUAUGACACGCUGCGGUUAUGGGCCAUCAUACUGAUGUGCAUGCUCCGGCUCGCUGUGAUGAGACAUCAUUUGCAAGCCUACCUCAACCUGGCCCAGAAGGGCGUGGACCAGAUGAAGAAGGAGGCGGGGAGAAUAAGUACCGUUGACCUGCAGAAGAUGGUUGCGCGUGUUUUUUAUUACUUGUGCGUCAUCGCACUCCAGUAUGUGGCACCGCUGGUGAUGCUGCUGCAUACUACUUUGCUGCUAAAAACCUUAGGUGGAUACUCAUGGUGGGUCUAUCCUGAAGAAGACCUGCCUUGCACCCAUGAUAUGAACUCUGACGCUGUGAUGGCGGCGGCAGGAGCGGCAGCUCCGACGCCCGCCCCGGCGGUAGAAUCGGGCGUGCGGGCGUCAGUGGCCCAGCUGUCGGUGGCCCUGGGCGGCCUCAGGACUGUGUUCAGCCCCCUGCUUUUCCGGGGCCUCUUCUCCUUCUUCACUUGGUGGAUCGCUGCCUGCCUCUUCUCCACCUCCCUCUUUGGUCUCUUCUACCAUCAGUAUCUCAUGGCGGCAUAGCAUCAGGAGCCCCAGCAGUGGCAGCCAGACCCCCACAGGGCUACUGUAUGUUCAGCCUGAUCACAACGAACUGAUUACUGGGAGCAAUAGAGGACUAUUGACGGAUGAGUCUGCUCCACAACUGCCCCCCUUCCUUCCGUCUCUCUCCCUCCCCUCCCCCCUGACCACCUCUCAAUGACUGACCAUAUCAUCAAAGCUCCUGGUUCAAUCUCUAGUGCUUCCUUCACAGAUGACUCUAUGAACUCCUCAUUGUUUUUUUUAAUACGACUUUUAAUUUGAAAAGCGAGAUUUAUAAAAAUUUAAUAACGGACUAAAGAAUCGAGUCGAGGGAAUACUCCACAGUCCACAGUCUGGUCUUGUAAUAAGAAACUGAUCCACUUUGCUGUAUGAUAUUUUAAUCACGUGAGGUAAACGACUUUCAUCACAGAUGCCAAUCACUAUCCGUUCUAAGUGUUCGUCCAGUGUGUAAAAUAUAGGUGAAAUGAUUUUUAAUUUGGCAGAAAGUGAUGGUAAAAUAAUUAUUCCCGAUUGUAUGAACUGUUGUUUCUCGUUACCUCAGAAUGAGCCUUUUUUAUAUUGACAUCAGGAGCCAGGGUCAAGUCUACGGAGGCCAUUUUGCACCACCAUCUUUUUUCACAAUACAACAAACUAGAAGAUCUCUUUGAGUUACGUGACGUUCCCUGAACGCUACUCGUUUGGUUCAACACACAGGAAGGGGUGAGACGAGGGGAUAUUUCGCUGUUAACAAACACAUUUCCCUUUUUUUAAGUAAUUUCAGUGUUUUUUAAACUCACACACACAUGAUAUGUUUCCAUCAGCACAUUUGAGAAUCAAGAUGUCUUUUAUUUUAGGAAGCCCUCGUUGCAGCCUCCCAUGGGUUCAUGCUAGCCUCACGUCAGACACCUACAGGUGCAUGUUACAUCUGUUUGGUUGUAUCUCGACAUUUAGGGCCUUUGCGCUCAAAAACUGGCAACAGGAUUUUGAUGAGCAAUACAGAGUUGUUGUUUUUUGUUUGUUUAAUCCGCUUGAUUGCGUUGCACUUAGCGUGCACUAUUUUAGUGUGGUUUUUUUCACGUUGCUGCUCAAGUGCAAAGGCCUUAAAGAGUCGGUCUACGUCAUGGUCCGUGCAGGUGAUCCGUCAGUCCCUCAUGUUCAUCGACAUUUUUUGGGAGGGAAUCUCAUUGUUUGUGUUUAUUUCCGGUGUCUGAAUUCCAUUGCCACAGAUCACAAAAUAUCCUGAAAGAGUCUUAAAAUUGUGCGAGUGUGUUUGUACUUGGACGAGGGGGCGGAAGAACUUUAAAGAUAUUUAAGAGUAUUGCUUGGUUUGCAUUGUGACCUCCCUCGUUUUAACUGAGCCAUUUACAGAAGCUAUACGAGAAUCUGAAGCCGUUUUUUUGUUUUUUUCUUCUUCUAAGAGGUGGCACUGAUUCAAAGAGAGGACGGUGUAUAUGGUACAAGUAUGUGUUAAUGUCCAAAAGUGUCUGCAUGUGAAGGAUCGCCGCUGUGGGGUCAGAUGUAAUCUCAAAAGGGCAUUGUCAUUGAGUUCUCGCCUUUUAUGUUCUGUCAGUUUUUUUUUUUUUGAUAACAAGCUUUUAUUGUGUGUUUUUUUUUAAAGUAUUAUUCCGUUUCUAAUGAAUCAAAUUGUUUUGGUUUUUAAAAUUGUGCCAAGUAAGUUGAUUUCCUCUAGCUUUGGUGUCUGCUUGUGUUUUAAAUUAGACUUACUGACUACUUUGACUUUGACGAGUAAAUGCACACACAAGCGGUCACCGGGCUGAUGUGUUGAGGAUUGUUGGGCACAUACUGCCAGGUUAAUCACCUCUGCUCGUUUUAUUUCAUCAUCGCAUCCACCGUGUUUUGUACAGGACACAUCUGACACCAUAUCACACACAUUUGAAGCUUCCCUGAUGCUGACAGUCUUAGCUUCACUGUUUGUCUGUUUGUUUUUUUUAAAUCCUAGGGAAUAACACAUAAUGAAUGUAUCAUUCUUGCCUCAUUUCUAGGUUGUUUUUAAUGAAAAUGAUUUGUAUGGUGAGUUGAUUUAACCCCUGCACCCCCCCCCGUGACCCAAUAAUAAUUCUACCUGUUGGAACGAAAUCUAAUUAGUCCUAAUGACUAUUUUUUUGUUUUGAUUGAAUUUGUAUUUAUUACACAUGCUGAGGCCUGUAAACAUUUCUUUUAACAACACACUCGUUUAUUUUGUUAUUGUUGGAGUGUAUGAAUACUUAAAAAUCGGUUUUGAAUACGUUGUUGACAAAUCAAUUACAGAUUAUUAAUUUUCUUUCUUUUUCUUGAACGGUAAUGAUCUGAUGUGGCCAGUAAGAAGAUGCUGGGGGAAGCUUUCAGAAUCCUUAUUGGCCCGAUGAUGCUUCGUCGUCUGUUUGUUACCACUGAAAGUGUUUGUUGUUUUUGUUGUCAUCGGGUUCACAAAGUACAUCACACACGUUGUUGUUGUUCUUUCAUGUAUUUAUUUCUGCUUUAGACUUUGUCUUAAAUAAAUUAUGUUCUUUACUAUCA